AAAAUUGACUGUCCCAAGGGGGUCUAUGGAGCUGGCUGCUCUUCAGAAUGUCAGUAUGUGGAGGAGAACACCCUGGAAUGCAGUGCCAAAAAUGGCAGUUGCACCUGCAAAUCUGGUUACCAAGGCAACAGAUGCCAGAAAGUCUGGAGCCCCUGGUGUAUCCAGUCUACAGCUCUUGCAAUGCCACUGCCCUGGCAGCCUGCCCUCUCCAGCCAGUACUGUGAUUGCCAAGUUUGUCCACCAGGCACAUAUGGGAAGGACUGUAAACAGGUAUGUCAGUGUUCAGCCGAGAAUGAAAAGUGUCACCCAGUCGCAGGGAGAUAUACCUGUCUUCCUGGCUACCAUGGAAACCGCUGUCAUCUCAGAUGCCCAGAAGGCACUUAUGAUCUAAAUUGCCCAAGGAUGCAUAAGUACCUUAAUGGCGGCAGCUGUGAUACCGUGAUUGGCACCUAUCAUUGCCCUCCUGGCUUCAUUGGGGCCGACUGCAGUCAAACUUGUCCUGAGGAUCACCACGGGCGGAACUGUGUCCAACCGUGUUCUUGUGGCUCAGGACAGUGUGACCCAGUGACUGGAAGGUGCCAAUGUCCACCUGGCAAAAUGAGAGCCAGGUGUCAGCAAGGUAACAAUGGCUGCAGGGUCACCUUGUCCGUCCAGGCACUAACUAAGCUACACUAUGAAAGCAGAUGUGGUGCCAAGGAAUAUAAUUCAGUGGGCAUUGUUUAUAACACUUUCUUCUUAAAUACGGCUUUAAUAAUAUGAAAGUACACACUCUUGUUGAACUGUAUAGCAAAUAGCCUACCGAAGGGUAAAAAAAAAUUGAAAACAAAAACAAAGAAUUAUUGAUGCAAACUCUUGACGAGGAGCAAAUUUUGAAAUAACUUUGGCUAACUUUUGCAAAACCACCCCAAAUUGUGUGUUGGGGAUGUCUAAUUAUAAGAACUGAAAAGUUUUAUAUUUUCUCCAACUUUCAGAAGCCCAUUGAAAGCUGGAAGAAAACUGAGAGACAAAAAGGAAAAUAUGGUCUUUGUUUAAAGCUAUAAAACUUUCUUGGGGCGCCUGGGCGACUUAGUGUCCGACUUCAGUUCAGGUCAUGAUGUCACGGCUUGUGGGUU